AUGGGGGAAACAAGGGGAGUUACUGUCUCAAGGGGUGGAACUAGAGUCAAUUAUCUCCUCUUUGCAGAUGAUUGCAUUGUCUUCGGGAGAGCCAAGUUUGAGGAGUGGGAAAAGAUCAAUGGAAUUCUUUGGCAAUAUGAGAGAGCAUCAGGUCAGGUUAUGAACAAAGACAAGACUGCAGUUUACUUUAGUUCCAACUCUAAGGAGGAAGAGAAGAGGAAAAUCAUGCAAAAUGGAGGUGCUGUCAUGAGAGGCUCUUAUGAGUAUUACUUGGGGCUACCUCCUGUAGUAGGAGGGUCAAAGUACAAUGCAUUCAGGUGUAUUAAAGAGAAAGUGUGGAAGAGGAUCAAUAACUGGAAGAACUCUUUUCUGUCAGCAGCAGGCAAAGAAGUGUUGAUUAAGGCAGUCCUACAAGCAGUGCCCACUUACACUAUGAGUGUAUUUCAGCUACCAAAAUAG